ACCGGACAACACGAACCAGAUGUGAUACCCCAGGGGUUUGUGGGCAAGCGUGACACGCGCACGGGACGGCUCUGGGGGUGUGGUGUCACGUGGUACUUUUAAAUGGCCCGAGUUUCGGAUGGGGGGGCACAAAGUGCACAGAAGCAUCCAGCGAGUCGACAUCACCUGAGGAGCGAAGCAAGAAUGGACGCGGGUUUCAGACCGAUGAACGGGGAUCUGGAGAGGAAGGGCUCUCUGACCUCAUCCUACCUGGAAGAACCGUUAAACAAAACAGGAGUGGUGUCCUGCAUCUUCUCUCUGAAGCAGGAAGUGGGAGCCCUCGUGAAAGCUCUAAGACUAUUUGAGGACAAAGGCAUUAACCUGACCCACAUCGAGUCCCGUCCAUCCCGUGGCAACAAAGAGGAGUAUGAGUUCUUCAUCAGUGUGGAUCAGGCCUCCUCUAAAGCUCUAGAUGAAGUUGUUGACGGUCUGCGCACACAGAUCAGCGGCCAAGUUCACGAGCUGUCCCGCAACAAACAGAAAGACACGGUUCCAUGGUUCCCAAAUGACAUCCAGGACUUGGAUCGCUUUGCCAAUCAGAUUCUCAGUUACGGGUCCGAGCUGGAUGCAGACCAUCCUGGCUUUACGGACCCCGUGUACCGUGCCAGAAGGAAGGAAUUUGCUGACAUUGCCUACAACUACAGACACGGACAGAUUAUUCCACGUGUUGAAUACACGCCUGAAGAGAAGGCCACAUGGGGAACGGUUUUUCGAGAGCUGAAGACCCUGUACGCGACUCAUGCCUGUCGCGAACACAACCGUGUUUUUCCACUGCUGGAGAAGUACUGUGGGUACCGCGAGGACAACAUCCCGCAGCUAGAGGACAUCUCCCACUACCUGCAGUCCUGCACAGGUUUCCGUCUGCGUCCUGUGGGUCUCCUCUCCUCGCGUGACUUCUUGGCCGGUCUGGCCUUCCGAGUGUUUCACUCGACGCAGUACAUUCGUCACAGCUCCAAACCCAUGUACACGCCUGAACCGGACAUAUGUCAUGAGCUACUGGGGCACGUCCCACUGUUUGCUGACCCAAGCUUUGCCCAGUUCUCACAGGAAAUUGGACUCGCUUCUUUGGGCGCCCCUGAUGAGUUCAUAGAGAAGCUGGCCACAGUCUACUGGUUCACUGUGGAAUUUGGUCUGUGUAAGGAAGGAGAUAAAGUGAAGGCUUACGGUGCUGGUCUGCUCUCUUCUUUUGGCGAACUGCAGUACUGUCUGACGGACAAGCCCAAACUUCUGCCCUUCGAGCCGGAGAAGACCUGCCUGCAGCAGUAUCCCAUUACAGAGUUCCAGCCGGUUUACUUUGUGGCUGAAAGUUUUGAGGACGCCAAAGACAAAGUCGGGAAAUUUGCUUCCACCAUCCCCAGACCUUUCUCUGUGCGCUACAAUGCCUACACACAGAGAAUUGAAAUGCUGGACAACACACAGCAGCUGAAGAACCUGGCCGACAACAUCAGCGGCGAGAUCUCAAUCCUGUGCACUGCCCUGCGAAAGAUGAAGUGAAUCGACGCUGGGAGACGUUCAAGGAAACCGAAGAGGAAAUGCUAGAAAAUCUAGAGACGCCAAAUAAGCGUCGUCUUUUCGGCUCGUACUUUUUCUAAUCAAAACGGCGAUAGAGAGAGCAUGAUACUGCGUAUUAAAUUAGUUAUUAUGUAUUGCAUGUACACCGUAUUUAUGCACAAAUUUAACUAUAGUUCGGAAAUAUUUAGCCGCCACGUAUUUAAAUGACACGUAACGAAAUAACGCGGGAAAAAAGAAUACCUAUGCAAAACAAAUCGCGUGUAAAUACAGAAACGCUUGGGGCGUUAUGAGGCCCGCUGUCGCAGAUUUUUUAUUUUAUAUAUUGUAUUGUAUUUUUCUGAGCGGUUUAAUCGUACCAAAACACAGAUCGCCUACCGUCCUCCGUUAGCUUCAGCUGUCGCGUCUCGUCGUGGCGCGGAGUUGCUGUAAUUUUCCCAAACAAGCCGCAAUCAACGCAUCACGGGAUCAAAGGCUGAGCCAACGCUUUUGGGGGACGAAUUAUUUUCAUCGUGAAACCGCUUUUGUUCAAAACGUGCCUUUAUGUUCUCCGUUACGCCAAAGCUUAAUGAUUAAAACGUAACGAAAUAUAUUUGCAGAAGUUUUUGCUAGACGGCGAAUGCAUUUUAACAUGCUACAUAUAUCAUGUAACUGUUGCUGUGCUAAAGACUGAGAUGUUAUGCAUGCAUUGUCACGUGUACUUAAAAAAAUCAAUAAAGAUGGUUAUUAUUAA